AUAUUUACCAGUGGACAUGAAUUUAAUCCUACCCAGCGAACUGAAGAAUUGGGAAGGAGUGCUCUGAAAGAGAGCUGCAGCAGACUUUUAUAAACGCACUAACUGACCAGAAAAAAAUGAAGUCUGCCUUGUAUUUGUGUUUGUUGCUUCUUGGGCUUCACGUCCAAGGUCACCGUGAGACCAGCCACAAUAAUGAACAAGAGGAACAAAAAACAGUUCAUUCUCCAGGAGACCAUUCCCAGGUUGAAAGUGAAAACCUGGCUCAUCUCAAGAUAGCCCCAAGCAACGCUGUCUUUGCAUUUAGAUUUUACAAGCAGAUUACGGCAGAGGCAGGUGACAAGAACGUUUUCUUCUCCCCUCUGAGCCUCUCAGCUGCCUUUGCAAUGCUCUCCCUGGGGGCCAGAGCAGCCACACGCCACGAGCUGCACGAAGGCCUCGCCUUCAACCUGACAGAGAUUGAGGAGCGGGAGGUCCACGAAGGCUUUCGGCAUCUGCUCCAGCUACUGAAUGACCCUCACAGACAAGCCCAGCUGAGCAUGGGCAAUGCCCUGUUUGUAGAUGACCGGCUGAAACUGCUCCAAAAAUUUGUGGAUGAUGUCACAAAUUUUUAUGAUUCUGAAGCUAUUUCUACUAACUUCCAGAACACUUCAGAGGCUAAAAAGAAAAUCAAUGAUUACAUAGAAAUGAAAACCCAUGGGAAAUUCAUUAACUUACUCAAGAAUCUUGGUUCAGACACUGUGAUGGUUCUGGUUAACUACAUUUUCUUUAAAGGCUACUGGGAACAACCUUUCAGCAGUUUGCUCACCACUGAUGACGACUUCUUCGUGGAUGCCAAGAAGUCUGUUAAGGUCAAAAUGAUGCAUCGAAGCCAAGCCUAUAAUAGCUAUAGGGAUGAGAAGCUGUCUUGCUGGGUAGUAGAAAUCCCAUAUAAAGGAAAUGUUGCUGCAUUGUUUGUUCUGCCUGAUGAAGGGGCAAUGAAGCAGGUGGAGGAUGCUCUGCUGAAAGAAACUGUGUCUAGCUGGGCAAAAUCACUUGAAAAGAGAGAAAUCCAGCUGCACCUUCCAAAAUUCUCCAUCUCUGGCUCCUAUGACGUCAAGAACCUGUUAAAGAAAAUGGGUGUAAUGGAGGUCUUCAGUGACCAAGCUGAUCUCUCUGGAAUGACAGAAAAUACUCUCCUGAAGGUUUCCAAAGCAAUUCACAAAGCAGUAGUGGAUGUAAAUGAGAACGGCACAGAGGCUGCUGCAGUGACUGUGAUAGAAGUGAUCGUAACUUCUCUUCAGUUUCCUCCUCCUCCUGUCAUCAGCUUCAACAGGCCCUUUCUGAUGCUGAUUUCUGACAAAACCACCCAAAGCAUCCUCUUCAUGGGUAAAGUUGUGAACCCAGCUGCCAGUGAAGACUAGGCCAGAGCACUUGCACUCAGCGCAGAAAUUCUGGAGAGCUUGUGCACGUCCUGGGGACUUCUUUGCAAAAAGGGACUGGAAUCAAUCCCUAAUAAACAAGUAAACAAACAUUAAAUGU